AUGCAAAAUAAAAUUUUGCAAGAUGGGUUUGAUGUUGUUACAUACAGAGUACUGGCUUACCUUCUUCUUGGUGUUGUCAGAAUAUACUCCAAAAAAGUUGAAUAUCUGUUUGAUGACUGCAAUAAAGUGCUUCUUAACAUCAAGGACUUUAUGGUCAGUAAUAAAGAUGGGAUACUUAUGGAAACCUUGCAAGCACCUUACUUCUCUAUUACUCUACCAGAAAGAUUUGAGCUUGAUGCUUUUGAUCUAGAGAUUCUUGAAGAUAAUAGCGUAGGCAAUGUGAUGCCCCUUGAAGAAAUUACACUUAAAGAUGGCAUGUGGAAAACUGGGGAUUUAGGGAAAUACUGUCUAAACCAGGAUCACUGUGAGGAGUUUGCUGCCUGUCGAGAUACUUGGCCUGCAGAUUACAAUCUGAAUGAAGAUGUUUUUUCAUCUCCUAGGGCAGAUGUUUAUAUGGAGCAAGGGACAUCACAUAGUGUAAGCACUCUACAAACAUGCAUGGAGAAGCGUCGAGGCAAUAUGUUCUCUCAUCAUGACUGUGAGGACCUUGAAAUGUUUCCCGAGGUUGAGGAGCCUCCAGAUGCAAGAAAAUCAUUUGUUGAAAAUCAUCAAACUGAUGAGGAGCAUUCAAAGGUUCCAGAUAAGAUGGGUUCAGAUGAAAUGCAUGCAGGAGCAAAUGUGCUGAAGCUUUGUAAUGAUAGUGUUUGUCAGGAAGCAUGUCUGAACCUUGAAGCAUUUGGUGGGGUAGAGGAAGAACCUGAAAACUUUGCUAAGUUAUAUCAUCAACCCGAGGAGCAGCAGAAAGAGGUUCCUGGCAUGGAACAGUCAGAAAAUGAAGUGCAUAAUGUUUUUAAUGACGAUAAUGUGUCUGAUGUAGAAGCAUCAUUAGAGAAGCUUCUAGAGAAUAGGUUUUUUCAAGAAGAAUGUAGGGACAAUAAUAUAUUUCAUGUCGUUGAAGAUCCUCCAGAACAUGCUAGAUUGUUUAAUGAAGAGCGCCAGAAUGAUGCAGAGAAUGCAAAAGUCUUAGAAUUAGAAGCAAGAACAUUGGGAAAGAGAAAGCGCCAGCUUGUCUCGGAAGAUCAUCCAUUGUCUGUAAAACUUGAUGCUACUCCUCAAUACAAGUCCAAAGAUGUUUCAGGGGCUAACACGCCAGAGUUUAUGGUUAUUUCUACACCAGCUGCUAAGGAGCGUGCUCGUAUUCUCAAGAAAAGGAAGUGUCUCUUUGAUGAUGUGAUAGUGUUACAUAAAAACAUAAUUAAGCAAUGCAUAGAAGACUCAAGUGACUUGGUGUCCAAACGAAGAAAGCUUCCUCAUACUGCUUUUGCUGUCUGGAAAGCCUGUCGAUUUUCCAAUCUUGACCGGUGUUUCCAGGAGCCUCUGAUUCCUUGUAAUUCACUGGAGCUUAGAUCCCUCUUUUGCAGAAAGAGAUUACAUAUUCCGGAAACAGUUGAGAGUAUUGGUGGAUCAGUUGAAACUGAGGAACAUUCCAAAAGGUCGGAUGCUUCAGAGUCUCAAAACGUUGGAAUGUCAGUGGAAACUACAGAGCAGCUCAAAAAGUUAAAUGUUUCAGGAUCUCCUCUUAUUGGCAGAUUAGAUGAAAUUGUAGAACCUCCAGAGAAUACAUUGAUUCAAGAAUCAGCUGGGACUGUGGAAUCUCUAAAAACAUUUGUGUCUGACAGUCCUGCCACUGAUAAACUGGUUGAAACUGUGGAACCUUCGGACAUGUCAGAAUCUUGUACUGUUGGGAGAUCAGUUGAAACUGUGGAGACUCUAGAAAAGUCAAAUGUGUCAGGAUCUUCUGCUAGUAGAUUUUUUGAAACUUUGGAACGACCCGGAAAGUUAGACAUAGCAGAAUCUCCUACUGCUGGUGGCUGCUUAGAGCAAAUGGCAAUUGCUCCAGAAACACCUACUCAGUACACAGCAUCACUGAGGUCUUUUGAGAGCCCUGAGAGACCUGAUCUUUCUGACACGGAUGGACUAAGGUCUGUAAGUGUAGAAAAGGAAAUCUUCCCCAGCAUGCAUGAAGAACUUGAUCUCAAUCUGCUGAAUGGGGAGAUGAAUACAUCUGAAGGAGAUAACCAGGAGCAUUAUGGGUGGUCAGAGAGAACCAGAGUGGCUGUGAAAUGCUUGCAUGCAAGUUUUCUGAUACAGAAGAAAAGAAGAAAGGAGGAAGUAGUAAAUUUAUUUCGACUUUUGGAAGGAAGAACCAAGAAAGAGAGUGCUAGGCUCUUCUAUGAGAUACUGGUAUUGAAAAGUAAAGGGCAUGUGGACGUGAAGCAAGAUAAUCUUUAUGGUGAGAUUCUUGUCUCAAAAACAUCUCAAUGGGACCAAGCUUGUGGAUUAUAA